UUUUACUUUCACUUUUAGAAACGUGACAGUAUCAUUGAUUUGCGGUGUUUAGAAAGAAAAAAAAAAGUCAGAAAAAUAUAUUUUCACUCAUGGCUUUUACGUAUCCGUCUGCACGAAGAGAUGAGAGUCAGGUUGAUGACUACCAUGGAACGAAGAUCUGUGAUCCCUAUGUGUGGUUGGAAGACCCUGACAGUGAAGAAACCAUGGCAUUUGUUGGGGAGCAGAACAAACUGACCAUGCCGUACCUGGAGCAAUGUGCUGUCCGGCCUCAGUUCCACCAACGUCUCACUGAACUUUACGACUACCCCAAGUACAGCUGCCCCUACAGAAGAGGCAACAGGUACUUUUACUUUCACAACAAAGGUUUGCAGAAUCAAAACGUACUGUAUGUACAGGAUUCUCUGGAUGGCCCUGCUACUGUGUUUUUUGACCCAAAUACGCUGUCAGAGGACGGCACUGUAGCACUACAGAUGGGACGCCUCUCAGAGGAUUGUGAAUACUUUGCCUAUGGUUUGAGUAGCAGUGGCUCAGACUGGGUGACGAUACAUUUCAUGAAGGCGGAUGAUCUGACGCCGCUGCCUGAUCUGCUGGAGAGGGUUAAAUUCAGCUGCUUGGCCUGGACGCAUGAUGCAAAAGGCAUCUUUUACAACAGCUACCCACUCCAAGAAGGCAAAACUGAUGGAACCGAGACCACUUCCAACAUGAAUCAGAAACUCUAUUACCAUAUCAUUGGCACAAAACAGUCAGAGGAUGUUUUGGUUGCAGAAUUCCCCGACCAUCCCAAGUGGCACAGUUCAGUGACGGUAUCAGAUGACGGCAGGUAUGCGGUGUUGUCGAUCACUGAAGGCUGUGAACCUGUCAACCAGCUGUGGUACUGUGACCUCCACCAGCUCCCUGCUGGCAUCUCAGGCCUGUUGCCGUGGGUCAAGCUUGUGGACAAUUUUGAUGCACAGUACUCUUAUGUCACUAAUGAAGAAAGUGUGUUCACUUUCCUGUCCAACUUGGACGCUCCUCGCUACCGUCUACUCAACAUAGACAUCCAGAACCCAGACAAGCAGCACUGGCAAACGCUGAUACCACAACACGAGAAGGAUGUUCUGAGCUUUGUCUCCUGUGUGAACCAGCACCACCUGUUGGUCAACUACAUCCAUGACGUGAAGGACAUCCUGCAGCUGUACGAGUUGUCUACUGGCGAGCUGAUCAGGGAUCUGCCUCUGGACGUUGGAUCAGUGUGUGGUGUUAGCUGCAAGAAGCAGCACACGGAAGUCUUCUACAAAUUCACCUCUUUUACUACGCCAGGUAUCAUUUACCACUGUGAUCUGAGCAAGCAGAAUCCAGAGCCCAGAGUGUUCAGGCAGGUGGAGGUUAAAGGCAUCCAAAAAGAAGACUAUCAGACCACUCAGAUUUUUUAUUCCAGUAAAGAUGGAACUAAAAUCCCCAUGUUCCUAGUUCAUGCCAAGGGCCUAAAGAAAGACGGGACACAUCCUGUAUUUCUUUAUGGAUACGGAGGAUUUGAGGCUUCCAUACAGCCCUUCUACAAUGUUGCGUACUUGCUGUUUGUAAGACACCUUGGAGGGAUCCUGGCAGUGGCCAACAUCAGAGGUGGAGGAGAGUACGGCCUCACUUGGCACAAAGGUGGUACUUUAGGAAACAAGCAGAAUUGCUUUGACGACUUCCAGUGUGCAGCCGAGUAUCUGAUCCAGGAGAAAUACACCACAGCCAGACAAAUUGCCAUAAACGGGGCCUCUAACGGAGGACUACUCGUGGCGGCAUGCAUGAACCAGCGUCCAGAUCUGUUUGGUUGCGUUGUGGCAAAAGUUGGGGUGAUGGAUAUGCUGAAGUUUCACAAAUUCACCAUCGGUCACGCCUGGACCACUGAUUAUGGCUGUUCUGAUGACCCAGAGCAGUCCAAAUGGCUCAUCAAGUACUCUCCUCUCCACAAUCUGCCUGCGCUGCCUUACUCGGGUCCCCUGUACCCUGCUGUCCUACUUCUGACAGCAGAUCACGAUGACCGUGUGGUGCCGCUUCACACCUUGAAGUACUGUGCAGCGUUGCAGUACGGCGUGGGCAGCAGCGCCGCGCAGCGUCAGCCUUUAAUGGUCAGGGUGGACACUCGUAGCGGGCACGGUGCAGGAAAACCCACGGCUAAGGCGAUUUUGGAAGAAAGUGACAUCUUCUCCUUCAUCGCCGAGACACUUGGGCUCAGCUGGAAGGACUGAGGAGAAAAUGAUUCUGCAGGAGAGACAGAGUGAGAGGGCAGAUGACUGUAAAAAAAAAAAGAAAGAAAAGGAUGUAAAACAAGUGGGCCAUUUUAAGAGCAGGGUGAUGGUUUAUUUUUGCAGGAUUCCUUUUUCAGUCGAAACAGAUCUAAACAUGGAUAGAAAUGAGGAGUGUGAUACACGUGUAGAAGUAAUGAGC